AUGCGCAGGUUUCGUGUCAGAGCUUACCGUUUUGUGCGAGUUAUUAUUUUUGCCCUGGAAGAGAUUAACAAGAAUUUCAAACAGUUUCAUAAUGCCACACUGGGAUUCAGGAUUUAUGAUAGUUGUUUUUCAACAUGGAGGGCGAUGGGAAGUACGAUGCAGUUGUUGUCGGGAAAUAAGCAACCGUUCCCUAAUUACAAGUGUCAGUCACGUUUUGCUUUACCAGCUCUUAUUGGAGAUGAAGCAACUGUGUCUGUUGAACCCAUGGCAAUGCUACUAGGAAUCUACAAGUUUCCUCAGAUCAGUUAUGCUGUGACCUACAACCUCCUUAGUGACAAACAACAAUUUCCCUCUUUUUUGCGGACAGUACCCAAGGAAGAAUUCCAAGCCUUAGCAAUGUCAAGACUGUUACUUCACUUUGGCUGGCAUUGGGUAGGAAUAAUUGGUUCUGAUAAUAUUUACUUUCAACAGCCAAAUGAGUGGUUGAAGUCUGAGAUUUUUAAGACUGGAGGCUGCAUAAAUAUUUUUGAACUUAUCCCUGCAAAUUCCUAUGGAGAAAAAAUCAGAAAGGUUGUGGAAAUGAUAAAGCAUUCAUCUGCCAAGGUAAUUAUAAUUUAUACCCGAUUAGUCCAUGCUAUUGCUUUAAUGGAAGAGGUGUCCAUGCAAAAUAUCACUGGAAAGGUCUGGAUAGGAGGAACUAGUUGGUUUAUGUCGCCAGAUGUACCUAAAAAUAUUAUGAGACCAUUAAAUGGCAGCAUAGGAUUCAUGCUGCAAAAAGGCAAAAUACUUGACUUCAAAGAGUUUCUUUACAGUUUUCAUCCCUCAACUUCUCCUGAUGACAUUUUUAUAAAACUGUUCUGGGAAACAGCAUUUGGUUGUAAGUGGGUCUUUUCAGAUAGCCAAAUAUCGUUAAAUGAAACAAUGUGGAAAACUAUUACACCUUGCACUGGAAAUGAAAGGUUACAGGACAUUGAUUCAACUUUGUAUGAUGUGAAUAAUUUCAGAUUUACAUAUGCUGUGUAUAAUGCAGUUUAUGCAGUGGCAAAUGCUUUGUAUAACAUGCUGUCAUGCAGAACCAUUAGUGGUCCCUUUUAUAAUGGGAGUUGUGCUGAACGAUCUGCUUUCAAACCCUGGCAGCUCCUUCAUUAUCUGAAGAAUGUUCGGUUUAAAAAUCCUGGCGGAGAAGAGAUAUAUUUUGAUCAGAGUGGUGACCCACCAGCAAGGUAUGAUAUUCUUAACUGGCAAAUUUCUUCAGAUGGAACCAACAACUAUGUCAAAGUGGGACAUUUUGAUAAUACCGCAGCUGAAGCAUUAAAAAUGGUCAUUAAUGACACAACAAUUCAGUGGAGCUCAGCAUUUUCUCAGACUCCUACAUCUGUGUGCAGCCAAAGUUGUCCUCCAGGGUUUUGGAAAGCAGUUCGGCAAGGAGAGCCCAUCUGUUGUUUUGACUGCAUACCUUGCUCCAAAGGCGAGAUCAGUAAUCACACUGAUGUCACUGAGUGCACAAGAUGUUCAGAUGACCAAUGGCCUGACAGCAGAAAGGAAAAAUGCAUACCAAAAAUAAUAGAGUUCUUGUCCUAUGAAGACCCUCUUGGGAUGGCUUUAGCAGGAAUUCCAAUUUUUUUCUCUAUAACAACUGUGUUCAUACUGACUAUCUUUGUUAAAAAACGAGACACCCCAAUAGUGAAAGCAAACAAUCGUGAACUGAGUUACCUUCUCUUGCUGGCACUUAUAUUGUGUUUUCUUUGUUCGUUGGUAUUUAUUGGAAAACCUACGGCAUUCACAUGUAUGGUCCGACAACCAGCCUUUGGAAUAAUAUUUUCUGUUUGUGUGUCUUCCAUACUAGCAAAAACAAUUACAGUUGUAAUUGCUUUCAAUGCAACAAAUCCCAACAGCAAGUUAAGGAAAUGGGUGGGAUCCAAGGCACCAGUGUUUAUUGUCCUUGCGUGUUCACUUUCACAAACUCUCAUAUGUUUCUACUGGGUCCUUGUUCAUCCCUCUUUUCCACAGAGCAAUGUAAAUUCUCAAGAGGGGAAACUUAUAAUAGAAUGCAAUGAAGGGUCACUUGUUAUGUUUUAUUGUAUGUUGGCUUAUCUGGGCUGCUUUGCAUGUGUGAGUUUCACUGUGGCAUUCUUUGCAAGAAAAUUGCCAGAUAGUUUUAAUGAAGCCAGAAAUAUCACAUUCAGUAUGCUUGUUUUUGUCAGUGUUUGGUUAUCUUUCAUACCGGCUUACCUAAGUACUCAAGGAAAAUACAUGGCUGCUGUGGAAAUAUUUGCAAUCUUGGCUUCCAGUGCAGGACUCCUUGGCUGUAUAUUUUUUCCCAAGUGUUUUAUUAUUAUCUGUAGGCCUGGGCAAAACACAAGGGAGCAUAUGACAGGAAAAACUCAGAAAGUAGCAAGAACUUAA